GUUAUUCCUAAAAGGUGAAUAAGAGCAAAUAAGAGUUUCAACUAAAAUCCAUGUAGACCUUGCCUGUCGUUGUCCACCGUGUGAUCCGGUCGUCGAAAGAGAGUUCCAACGAAAACUUACGGUGACCCUGCCGUGGCUCUACUGUGACGCGCGGCCGCUGCCACCGUGACCAUGUCUUCAAGGGGAAGCUCCAAUAAAAACUCACGGUGAUGUUAAUAUGCUAAAUGCUCUUUGUCAGUAAUCUUGGCAGUGCAAGCUCUCUUCCAGAUCAAAAACAUUCUGACAGAUCAAGUCUCUUUGAUUUGUUCACUCUAAAGGCAUGAGAUUGUUUUUUGAGUGGGAAUAGGUGAAUUUCGGUUAUUGUGUCUUCAAUCCUUAUUUUCCACACACCAAUUCAGCCUGUCAAUGCUCUUGGUGCAGCCAUUGCAAUUCUUGGUACCUUCCUCUGUUCACAGAGGUAGAGUAGAAACAUCAUCAGAUUGAUAUCCAUUUGCACCCAACUCUUCUGUAUCUGAUGAAUUUGUAUGGAAGAAAGCUUAAGAUGUUCACAUAUAUAAUAUGAUCCGAUACAGCAUAUACACACCGUGGCUGUGUAAACAGACUCAAUGGAGAUAUUUGGUGUUCGCAUUAUUUCUUUGGUACUUUUCUUGAUGCUUACUAAAAACUUAAGUUGCAAUGCUUUUGGUGGGAGUAUGAUGGAUGAGGAAUCACUCAAGGAAGGCCAAAAUGACACGGGAAAUUCUGUCUCAAAUUAUGGUGAAAUGAGGGGCGUGGAAGAUGAUGAUUGGCAGAUGGUGCAAAAGAAGGGAAACCAAUUUGUGGUGAAUGACAAACCUUUCUAUGUGAAUGGAUUCAACACAUAUUGGCUUAUGGUAUUUGCUGCAGACGAGUCCACCAGAGGAAAGGUCACUGAGGUGUUCAAGCAGGCAUCCUCAGUGGGUAUGACAGUUUGUAGGACGUGGGCCUUCAAUUACGACCAAUGGAGGGCCCUACAGAAAUCUCCAUCAGUUUAUGAUGAAGAAGUCUUCAAGGCCCUGGACUUUGUGGUGAGUGAAGCAAAGAAAUACAAAAUCAGGCUUAUAUUAUCAUUGUCUAACAACUGGGAGGUAUAUGGAGGCAAAGCACAAUAUGUGAAAUGGGGAAACGCUGCUGGCCUUAACUUGACCUCUGAUGAUGACUUCUUCUCACAUCCAACUCUUAGAAGCUACUACAAGGCCCAUGUUAAGACUGUGCUCAAAAGAGUUAACACAUUCACAAAUAUCACAUACAAGGAGGAUCCAACAAUUUUUGCUUGGGAAUUGAUGAAUGAGCCUCGUUGCACCUCAGAUCCCACAGGUGACAAGUUACAGGAUUGGAUUGAAGAAAUGGCAUUCCAAUUGAAGAAAAUUGAUCCAAAACACCUAGUAGAGGUUGGACUAGAAGGAUUUUAUGGUCCAUCAACACCUCAGAGAACUCAGUUCAAUCCCAAUACAUAUGCUACACAGGUUGGAACUGAUUUUAUAAGGAAUCACCUGGCUCUUGGUGUGGACUUCGCUUCUGUUCAUAUAUAUCCUGAGUAUUGGAUUUCACAACAAAUUGCUGAUUCUCAUCUCUCAUUUGUAAAAUCAUGGAUGGAAGCCCACAUAGAUGAUGCUGAAAAGCAUCUUGGAAUGCCAGUUGUUUUUGCUGAGUUUGGUGUAUCUUCCAAAGACCCUGGCUACAAUUCAUCAUACAGAGAUACACUCAUAAGUAGUGUGUACAAUACCAUCCUAAACUCCACAAAGAAAGGAGGGAGUGGGGCUGGAAGCCUUUUGUGGCAAUUUUUUCCUGAUGGAACUGAUAACAUGGAUGAUGGCUAUGCAAUUGUUCUCUCAAAAUCUCCCUCCACCGCAAACAUUAUACAGCUUCAAUCCACUAGGCUUGCGAUGUUCAAUUCCAUGUGCAAUACUAAAUGCAAUUGGGGAUGUAAGAAAAACUUGUUGAACAACAUACUCAAUUACGUUGACCUAUAACACAAUGUGUGGAAAGUUUCCAAUUGUAAUGCUGUGGUCCUAUAAAACCAUGCAUGGAUAAAUAUGUGAUUUACCAUAACUUCUGUAAUGAACAAUGCUUUAAUUUGUAUAUUGUGGCAUUAUGGUCA